AUGAGCAGUGGCAUCAAACCAAAUCAAUCUGGUAAGCUGUCACACGGUCCCGGCAGUCAGAGCCUGCUGCUGGAGAAGGUGGGAGUCAGAACAUCUACCCCAGACUCCGAGGCGCUGGCCAGCUCAGAGGACGAAGGCGAUCAUCGGGUCGAUACCUCGUCUAUUGUUACACAGCCCCAUAAGCCAGUGCGCCGAUCGUCUUGGUUGAACGAUACAUCGCAACCUUUGCCUCGUCCCCGUCAAGGCUCCUUCGCCAGCAACACCGUCUCGUCCCCCAACGCUUCGCAUCCCUCUACACCAUCAGCCGAGAACACUGCCGGACCUUGGGGUUCUCAUCCAGCGUCCUCCACAAUGCCUCGUCCCGCUGGUGCUUCGUCGUUCCCUUGGGGAACGGGCAUAUGGAAUAACGAGCGAAAGGAUCCACCGUCCAGGCUGACAGAAGUACUACCAUCGCCUACAUCGAUUGUGCCACCUGGCGGUGCUGGUAAUUCGUUCUUUGGUCCUGAUUCAGGUCUGGUCCAGACCUCUCCUUCGCGAGAACAUGGACAGAAUAGUCAAAUUCCGUUCGCUAUACCACUUCAUCCAACUCCCAAAACGUACCGAUCGCAAUCAUACUCUGUUGGCCAGAUGGAGCACGAUGUCUCUACUUCCUCGGGAAUGAGCUCUUCCGCGAUUCUUGGUCGCGCCAGACAUCCUGCUCUGCAACAUCGCCCUUCUCGUCCUAGUAUGCUGAGCGAAAUGUCCAACGAUGGAUCCGUUCUGGGCAAAGUCAAAGAAGUCGAGGACGAUGAAGAUGAGAGUGCAAGCGAGUCUCUUCAAAACUCUUUCCACCAGAGCGCUGAAUCAAAGACUAUUGAGAAGCUCACUCGGGAAAAUGCUUUGCUGCGCCAGCAGCAAUUGCAGCAGCAGCAAUAUGCACGCAUUCGGCCCCGGGCCUCGACCGGCGCAACCUACCUGACUGGCGGACACCCUCUGCAUGAAGUUGUCCUUGAAGAGUCCGACUAUGCUAUUGACGAGCUGGAUGAAAGUCAUGACCCCCAGGACCCUAUGGGCCGCCGAGCUUCACAGCGCCGCAUGAGCGAAUAUGGUCCUCCAACCUAUCGUACUCCCCAUGGCAUGGAUAGCCGCAAGCUCGAAAAUGCGCAGCUUAAAAAAGCGCUCUGGUCAAGCACACCCGGCUACUUGCUAGGCGAUCCUUCACAGAGCAGGCGACACUCCUUUGCCAACAUGCCGACUCGCCAGGGAUCCAUAAGCUCUAUUGCAGACUCUGUUGCAAAUCUAGAAGCUUCUCAAGCCGACCAGCAGAGUGCGCUCUAUGGCUUCCAGGACCCUACUGCCAUGCUCGGGCCAGGCAACCCCAUGCAUACACAUACAAAUAGUAUGGGAAACGCUAUGCAGAGCAACUUUACCAAUCCAUUCGCAGGCCAAUUCGCUCCACAGAAUCAGUUCCAGAAUCGCCCCCCGUCACCGCGCCAUAACGUGUACGGUAUCGGCCAACCUCGCCUAAAUCAGCUGCUUCACGUUGUUCUCUUCAAGUGUGCCAGAGCCGAUGUAUUCUACAUCCAGGAAGGAACUGGUCUGACUGUCAAGCCUGGUGAUCUCGUGAUUGUUGAGGCCGAUCGGGGUACUGAUUUGGGCACCGUCGCAAAAGAUAACGUGGAUUGGCAAGCAGCCAAGGAUCUGAAGGAACACUAUGCGGAAGAGCAAUACAAGUGGCUCAUGAUGUAUUCUCAGGGGGCUGCCGCUGCUCAGGAGGGUAACGGUGGUAUGCUCUCUGCUGCGCAUGGCUUGCCAGGCAGCGCUGUGGGAGGCAUGGGCCCCGCCGGCCAGCACCACAUGCAAGAGCCGACGAAUGGUGAAAUUCGCCCAAAGCUCAUCAAGCGCCUUGCUCAGAAUCACGAGGUACAUGCCCUUCGGGACAAAGAAGGCCAAGAGGCCAAAGCGAAGCGAGUCUGUAUGCAAAAAGUCAAGGAGCACGGACUCAACAUGGAGAUUCUUGAUGCCGAAUUUCAGAUGGACUGGAAGAAGCUGACCUUUUAUUACUUCGCCGAUGCCUAUAUCAACUUCAACUCUCUUGUGACCGACUUGUUCAAGAUUUACAAGACCAGAAUCUGGAUGUCAGCCAUCAACCCAGCUUCAUUUGCGAGCCCUACAUUGGGCAUCCAAGCGCCAAGCGGAGUAGGACCUGGCGCAGUUAGCCAAGGCAGAGUGUCAGCUUCUGGCGAUCGCAGAGGCAAUACGCACCAGCAUGAGCAGCAGCUGCCACCGGCUCACACGACACAGACCAUCUCACCCGGUCCUCAGGGUCGCGGCAUGCGGCCUGGCCCCAGCGGUUUCAAUCAGCCACCUAUGGGGAUGGAUCGGCAUGUGUCGCCUGUGUCUGCUACUGGCUUUCCCAACUCCAACUACGCGUUUGGCCCUUCUCCGGUGGAUUCCCGCAUCCAGGGGACUUUCAAGCACCACAGCGGCGCGUUCACCCUGGCCAAAGCGAAGGGGGGCAGCCACACCACUUGCAACGCGGUUCGCCCAUUUCUUCUCAGGGCGAUUGGGCCGCCGCAUUUCAGGGACUUUCCCUCAACACUCAUUAAUAGCAAUCUCGAGGACAGGUGA